UGUUCGUGUGAGUAAAUAAAGUGUGCCUCUUUGGCUCAAUGUGCUACAGUGCUAGGCCCCAAAAAUACAUGUGAUUUUGAGUGAUACCGAACGGUGGAGAUUGAAUGGUCUCGACCAAUGGAGGAAGUCAUGUUUGAUGAAUGGAAGGAGAACGUAGAACUUCAAUUAGAAGAGUUGGAACUGCUCCGGUCCAUGUUUCCACAAGAAAAGGAGCUAAUUUUGGAGGAUAUUGCCUUAGAGUCAGAUCUUAAGAUCUGGAUGGCGAGUGACUCGGAUCAAGCUCCGCCGUGUCGGUUAGCCUUCCGACUCAAUUUGAAUAUUCAGGAGACACACGUUGAGGCCAGUGUCACCUUACCCAAAGAAUAUCCAACCCGCGAAAAGCCCGAAGUGUACCUUAGAUGCAACGAAUGGAUCAUCCACACCCAGAGCGAGGCCAAUCAGGCCUUGCAAAUUUUCAUGACCGCGCUGGAAUUCAAUGAGUUAAUGUUGGGAAAUGUGGUGGCGUGGAUUCAAGGUGAACUCAUGGACCAUUUGCCUGGAAACAAUGAGGCAAUUUCUCCCAAUUCUGAAACCGCUUCAAGUGACUUGUUCUCCCGAGUCGAGGGUGACCCGUUGAUCCGGUACUGGAUCUACAGCCAUCACAUCUACAGUAAAGUCAAGCGGCGAGAUCUCUUGACUCUCGGAGGAGAUUUCCAUCUGACUGGAUUCAGUAUGCCCGGAAAGCCCGGUAUCAUUUGCUUAGAAGGACGAAAAUCAGACUGUGAAGGCGCAUGGAGUGUGAUCAAAUCGUGGAAUUGGCAAAAAAUACAAAUUAAGUUCACCGAAGAAUCAUCGAAAACUCCAGGCGAGGAAGAUGCCGAACGAUGUUUUCCUGCCUUCCAAGAGAUUGGCGAAGCCAAACAAAGUAGUUCACAUUAUCGAAUGGAUAUGACUGAAUUUCGUAAUUUUCUAGCUCGUUAUAAUAAGGAAGAAAUGUUCGGUCAACUCUUCGGGAUGGCCUGAUCCGUCUCGGACCCUUA